AUGGUCUGCAGCAAGUGUGCCAAGCUCGUCACUGGGACGUCGCUGGCCACGCCCGGCGUCAAGAAGAAGAAUGACAUGUACUAUGGGUCACCAGCCUCGUCUUCGGCCAGUGGCGCUAAGAAGUCGGCCACGCUGGGCCAGAACGGCAUUGGCAAGAAAACAGUAUGCGCCAUGUGUGGCAAGCCAAACAAAAAGGCCAAAUCGUCGGCACCGUCGGUCACAGGACAGAAGUUCACUCUGAAAUGA